AUGGGCCGGGAUAAAAGCCAAUAUGGGUAUGAAAAAGAUGAAGUGCUGUCAGGAAUAGCAACUUUCAAGUAUCAGCACCAGCAAACAUUUUUAAAUCAGCUGAGGGAGAUCACUGGUAUCAAUGACAUCCAGGUACUACAACAGGCACUGAAGGACAGCAAUGGUAAUCUGGAGUUGGCUGUGGCUUUCCUCACUGCGAAGAAUGCCAAGGUUCCCCAGCUAGAGGAGGCAACUUACUAUCAAACAGCCCUUCCUGGAAAUGACAGAUAUAUCAGCGUGGGCAGCCAAGCAGACACCAAUGUGAUUGAUCUCACUGGAGAUGAUAAAGAUGAUCUUCAGAGGGCAAUUGCCUUGAGUUUGGAGGAAUCAAACAGGGCAUUCAGGGAGACUGGAAUAACAGAUGAGGAACAAGCCAUUAGCAGAGUUCUAGAAGCCAGCAUUGCAGAAAAUAAAGCAAGUUUAAAGAGGACGCACCCAGAGGUAUGGAGUGACUCUCCAAACCCUUAUGAUCGAAAGCGGCAAGACAACUGUCCAGUAGGAUUAAAGAAUGUUGGCAACACGUGCUGGUUUAGUGCUGUCAUUCAGUCAUUAUUUAACCUACUGGAGUUUCGAAGACUAGUUUUGAAUUUCAAUCCUCCUGCAAAUGCUCAAGACUUGCCCCGAAACCAAAAGGAACAUAGGAAUCUGCCUUUUAUGCGUGAAUUGAGGUACCUGUUUGCACUUCUAGUUGGUUCGAAGAGAAAAUAUGUUGACCCAUCAAGAGCGGUUGAAAUCCUUAAAAAUGCUUUUAAAUCAAAUGAUUCCCAACAGCAAGAUGUUAGUGAAUUUACACACAAAUUAUUAGAUUGGCUAGAAGAUGCCUUCCAAAUUAAAGCUGAAGAAGAGAGGGAUGGAGAGAAACCAAAGAACCCAAUGGUGGAGCUGUUUUAUGGACGAUUUCUAGCAGUAGGUGUACUUGAAGGCAAAAAAUUUGAAAACACAGAAAUGUUUGGCCAGUAUCCACUCCAGGUGAAUGGCUUUAAAGAUCUGCAUGAGUGCCUAGAAGCUGCAAUGAUUGAAGGGGAAAUUGAAUCUCUCCAUUCAGAAAACUCUGCAAAGUCUGGUCAGGAGCACUGGUUCACUGAGCUUCCUCCUGUCUUAACUUUUGAGCUAUCAAGAUUUGAGUUUAAUCAGGCUUUGGGGAGACCAGAGAAGAUACACAACAAAUUAGAGUUUCCUCCAAUUUUGUAUCUGGACAGGUAUAUGCACAAAAACAGAGAAAUAACAAGAAUUAAACGGGAUGAAAUCAAGAGACUCAAAGAGUACCUCACGGUUUUACAGCAGAGAUUAGAACGAUAUUUAAGCUAUGGUUCUGGUCCUAAACGAUUCCCCUUGGUAGAUGUCCUGCAGUAUGCCUUGGAGUUCGCCUCCAGCAAGCCGGUGUGCACGUCUCCUGUCGAUGACCUGGGUGCUAGUGCCCCUGCCAGUGGCACACUGCCGGCCCAGACCUCACCCAGCACAAUAGAGCAGCAGGGACCUUCAUCUUCAGAUGUUCCAAGCACAUCUCCUGUACAAAGAUCAGUAAUACAUAAACCAUUCACACAAUCACGAAUUCCUCCUGAUCUGCCGAUGCAUCCGGCACCAAGGCACAUCACCGAGGAAGAGCUGUCUGUCCUAGAAGGCUGUUUACAUCGCUGGAGGACUGAAGUAGAGAACGACACUAGAGACUUACAAGAAAGUAUAUCUAGAAUACAUCGGACAAUUGAAAUGAUGUACUCUGACAAAACAAUGGUCCAAGUUCCUUAUAGGUUGCAUGCUGUGCUAGUUCAUGAAGGUCAAGCUAAUGCGGGACACUACUGGGCAUAUAUUUAUGACCACCACCAGAACAGAUGGAUGAAAUACAAUGAUAUUUCUGUGACAAAGUCAACGUGGGAAGAGUUGGAACGGGACUCUUUUGGUGGUUACAGGAAUCAACCUAGUUACAGGAGUGCCAGCGCAUAUUGUUUAAUGUAUAUCAAUGAUAAGGAACAAUACUUGAUACAAGAGGAGUUUAACAAAGAAACGGGGCAGACCCUUGUUGGAAUGGACACACUACCUUCUGAUCUAAGGGAUUACGUCAAGGAAGACAAUAAACGUUUUGAAAAAGAACUCGAAGAAUGGGAUGCAGAACUAGCUCAGAAAGCACAGCAGGAGAAGUUGUUAUCUCAGAUACCCAGGGCACCAGCACCCUCACCUGCUCCAGUUCAAGCAGGAGAACCAGAAUAUUUAGAGCAGCCAUCAAGAACUGAUCUUUCAAAGCACUUAAAAGAAGAUUCUGUACAAGCAAUCAAUAAAGCUUUAGCUGAACAAGAAGACAGAGGUCCAGAAGCUAUAAUGGACACGGCAAUUAAAUUGGAAUACACACGUCUGCUAAAAUUAGCCCAGGAAGAUCCACCACCUGAAUGUGAUUACCGUUUGCGUCACGCAAUUGUUUACUUCAUCCAAAAUCAGGCACCAAAGAAGAUAAUUGAGAGAACAUUACUGGAACAGUUUGGAGAUCACAAUCUCAGCUUUGAUGAAAGGUGCCGUAACAUAAUGAAAGUUGCCCAAGCUAAACUUGAAAUGAUAAAGCCAGAUGAAGUAAACAUGGAGGAAUAUGAGAGAUGGCAUCAAGACUAUAGAAAUUUCAGGGAAACAACCAUGUUUCUCAUGGUAGGAUUGGAGUUUUUCCAAAAAAAGAGCUAUAUGGAAGCCUUGCUCUACCUUAUCUAUGCUUACCAGAAUAACAAAGAACUCUUGUCCAAAGGCCCGUACAGAGGGCAUGAUGAAGAGCUGAUAUCUCACUACAGACGAGAAUGUUUGCUAAAACUAAAUGAACAUGCUGCAGCACUGUUUGAAUCAGGAGAUGAUCAGGAAGUAAAUAAUGGCCUGAUCAUUAUGAAUGAGCUUAUUGUCCCGUGUUUGCCAUUACUACUGGUGGAUGAAAUGGAAGAAAAAGAUAUUGUUGCUGUUGAAGAUAUGAGAAACCGUUGGUGUUCCUAUCUUGGACAAGAAAUGGAACCCAACUUGCAAGAAAAGCUGACAGAUUUUCUGCCAAAACUGCUAGAUUGUUCUACAGAGAUUAAAGGUUUCAAUGACCCGCCAAAGUUACCCUCCUACUCCACACACGAACUGUGUGAAAGAUAUGCCCGAAUCAUGUUGUCACUCAGUCGAACUCCAGCCGAUGGAAGAUAAAUUCUGCGACCUUCCUAAGCACAUUGUAUAAACUUUUUUAGUUCUUAAACCUUGCCUUCCUGUCACAGGGUUUGCUUGUUGCUGCUAUAGUUUUUAACUUUUUUAUUUUAAUAACUGCAAGAGAGAAAUGACUGUACAAACUUUAGCCAGACUGCAAACAAUUAAAGCUGAGAAUCGCAUGGCGCUCAGUCGUUUCAACCAGAAUUGAUGCAACAUGCAAGUCUGAUCAUUAUGGCAAAACUGCUUUUUUGCCACUUAUCUGUUACAGUAUUACUUUGCUUUUAUCUUAAGAUCCUUUACUUUAUCAACAGCUGUCUGGAUCAUUUUGUGACUGCAACUAUUCUAAGUGUCCAGUGCUGUGUAAAUACAUGGUACCUGGUAGCUUGUAAAUGAAAUGAAAGAAUAAAGUUUUAUUUAUGGCUA